GAUACUCCGGUCGAGGUGUUGCAUACCACCCUUCUGGGAACGCUAAAAUGGCUUAUGAGGGGUACAAUCCCAACGCUGAAUGAUGAGCAAAAAGGCACUUUGGUGGUCCGGAUCGAUAACGCUUCCUAUGCUGGAUUCGUGAUGUCUCUGCGGGGAAAUGAGAUUGUGAAGUACGUCGGGAGCCUCAUUGGCCGAGAUCUCAAAGUCUUUUUCCAAAUCGCGCCGUUUCUCCUCCAUGGACUCGUCGCAGAAGAGCUUAUGAGCGUUUGGCAAGCAAUGUCGGAAUUAUCUGCGCUGGCGUAUGCGAGCGUUAUACUGGAUCUUGACGAGUAUGUCGCUUCU